CCCUCCCCGUCCGUCUCUUGGCGGUGUCGAGGCGGGAGGGUUGGAAGCCAUUACUGGGCCCGGGCCUGCGAGCGGCGAGGAUUAGGAGGCUAACUGGAACCGGUGCCCGGGCGUCAGGCGGGAGAGAGUGAGGUGAAAAAAAAACAACUAACGUAAUCCAGAGCCGCGGAUCCACCCGCCGGGCGAGCGAGCGAUCGAGCGAGUCGGUGCAGCGGCGGACCCAGCUGGAAAUGGCGGACUUCGCGGCAGCGGCGCCCCCGCACGCAGUCGGUGCCGGCGCGGCCGGAGCCGGGGCCGGGGCCGGCGGGGCGGCCUUCAAAAAGCCGGACGCUUUCGCGGACGCGGUGCAGCGGGCACGGCAGAUAGCUGCUAAAAUUGGAGGUGACACUGCAACAACAGUAAACCACAGCACACCAGAAUUUGGAUUUGUUGGUCAAAAGAGACAACUAGAAGAUGGAGAUCAGCCGGAUAGUAAAAAAAUAGCAGCACAAAGUGAUCCAAUCGGAGCUCAACUUGCAGCAAUACACCAGCAAAGGGCAACCCUUACAGAGGAUUACAGAGUGCCAGAUGGGAUGGUUGGUCUUGUUAUAGGCAGAGGUGGGGAGCAGAUAAACCGAAUACAGCAGGAGUCUGGGUGCAAAGUACAGAUUGCUCCAGGGCCAAAUUCUGAUGAAAGUGGAGGUUUACCAGAACGAUGUGUCUCAUUGACAGGAAAUUCGGAGUCAAUUCAGACGGCGAAAAUGCUGCUGGAUGAAAUAGUUUCUCGGGGUCGUGGUGGGCCUCCAGGUCAGACCCAUGAUACCACGAAUGGACAAAAUGGAUCCAUUCAGGAGAUCGUGAUCCCAGCAGGAAAGGCUGGGCUCAUUAUUGGCAAAGGAGGGGAGACCAUCAAACAGCUUCAGGAGCGUGCUGGAGUGAAGAUGAUUUUAAUCCAAGAUGGUUCACAAAAUGCUAAUGUAGAUAAACCACUCCGAAUUAUUGGUGAUCCUUUUAAAGUACAGCAAGCACGGGACAUGGUGAUGGAGAUUCUGCACGAGCGUGACCAAGGAGGAUUUGGGGAUAGGAAUGAGUUUGGCAACCGAGGAACUGGUGGAGUCGGUGGUUUAGAUGUACCAGUGCCACGGCAUUCAGUGGGAAUUGUGAUCGGACGCAGUGGAGAAAUGAUCAAGAAAAUUCAGAAUGAUGCUGGAGUGCGAAUACAAUUCAAACCAGAUGAUGGGUCUACGCCAGAUAAGAUAGCACAUGUAAUGGGGCCUCCAGAGAGAUGCCAGCAUGCUGCACAAAUAAUAACUGACCUUCUGCAGAACGUGCGGGCUGGUCCCACUGGUCCUCCCGGACCUGGUAUGCCUGGGCCUGGCCGAGGAAGGGGAAGGGGUCAAGGCACGUGGGGGAUGGGCCCCCCUGGAGGAGAGAUGGCUUUCUCCGUCCCCAGCCACAAAUGUGGAUUGGUCAUUGGCAGAGGUGGCGAGAAUGUUAAGGCAAUAAACCAACAGACUGGUGCAUUUGUGGAACUGCAGAGACAGCCCCCGCCUAAUGGUGAUCCAAACUUUAAACUUUUCACCAUCCGAGGGUCACCUCAACAGAUUGACCAUGCUAAACAGCUCAUUGAGGAGAAGAUUGAGGGUCCUUUGUGUCCUGUCGGACCUCCAAUGCCUACUGGUCCGAUGGGACCUUUCCAGCCAGGACCCUUCACCCAAGGGCCCCCAGGAGCUCCACCUCCUCAUCCUGCUGCUGGUGGGCCACCUCCUCCACAUCAAUAUCCUCCUCAAGGUUGGGGCAACACGUACCAACAGUGGCAGCCGCCUGGACCACACGACCCAAGUAAAGCUCCCGGCGAUCCGAAUGCAGCUGCCUGGGCUGCCUAUUACCAACAAUAUUACCAGCAGCCUCCUGCACCUGUACCACCCCAGCAGCCAGCUGCUGCUCCACCAGGGCCAGACCCAACUCAGCAACCUCCAGUUCAAGGACCAGGAGGACAGCCUGAUUACACUAAAGCAUGGGAGGAAUACUACAAGAAACUAGGUGCCUCUCUCUGUCUGCGCGUCGCGCUCUCUGUCUGCGCGUCGCGCUCUCUGUCUGCGCGUCGCGCUCUCUGCGGUAAGCUUGCGCCCUUGUGCUCGUGCUAAGUGUAAGGUUAAUUU